AUGUUCGCCUCCCUCGCAGCUCUCGCCACCCUCAUCGCUUCGGCGUCAGCCUUCUCCCUCCAAUGGGCCACAACCUCGCCCUACGGCCAAGCCAACGGUGACAUCUCCCUAGUCAAGAACGAGUACGGCUACAUCGUACGCGUUCAGGUGCAGGGCGAUGCAUCCUCCGCGUCUCUCAACCCGGACGUCACGUUCGCGGAUAAGGAUACGCUCAAUAUUACUUGCCCGGUCGAUGGGCUGCAGGCUGCGUUGAUCCCUAUUGCGCCGAGCUCGCUGCUGUACUGGGUCACGUUCGUGAACGAUAGCGUUGCGCUCCCUGAGGGUAGCGGUACUUGGGGCUGGUCGACGAACGAUGACAUGUACGGUCUAUCCACGAAGAACCAGCAUAAGCUCGAGCACACUUGGGGUUCUCACUUCUACCGGCAGGAGUACGACGGUCUCGACGGUGUAUACUUGACGCUUACGCCGUACGCGGAGCCCGAUACGAAGGACACGUUCUUCUUCAUUGCGUACAAUGGGACUGAGGGCGAGUGCUGA